ACACACACACACACACACACACACAGAAACAUGUACACACAUGCACAGAGACACAUGUACACACACACAGGCACGUACAGACACAGAUACACACGCACAGACACAUGUAGAUACACACAGAUACAUGUACACACAGACACAUGUACGUACAUACACACAAACACACACACGUACAAUUGUACAUGCAUACACAGACACACACAAACACACACACAUGUACACACACACACCACCACCACCCCCCAUAAAAAGUUGCAGUACUUCGUUGUUCACUCACAGAGCUGGGUACUGCACUCUAGGGGGAGGCAGAGAGCACGACACACACUCCUUGCUUUGCUUUCACUGCGCUCACCUAUUGAGCAAUACUGAUGGCUCACAGUGCCAAUGACAGAUCUAACCUGAGCUCCGAGCCUGCUCAGCAAGAUGACCCUGGGGGACACACUCGGCCCCACCAUAAUUUCCACUCGCCAUUGGCGAGCAGGCGAGGGGAAAUUUCAAGCCCUG